AUGCGGUUGGUUUGCCGUAGAUACGAUGAGUGGCAUGUUGAGGUAUACUCGCAGAUACGAGGCUCAGGAGCUGGUUCGCAAUUGAGAGUAGUUGUUCGCAUUUGCGGACAUCGUAAUUGCAAACAAGAGUUCUCAAUUGCGAUAUCUACAGCUCGUGGCUUCGGCUUUGGUGAUAGGAACGGCGGUGGUACCUUACUGUUGGGUUUCGCUAGAGCUUUUGAGUUAGUGAUGGAGAACUCUAUGUUUUCGAAGUGGGAGGAAUAUUAUGCUAGCUUCUGGAGUAUGGUGGCUAAGACUCAAGUUGACUAUCUCCUCCUCAGGAGGUGUGAUAGAGGGUUGUGCGAGGAUUGCAAGGUGAUCCCGAGUGAGAACCUCGCAACUCAACAUAGGCUCCUUGUGAUGGAUGUCGGUAUCUCGAUGAAGAGGAAGAAGAGGUUUGUACGGGGUCAGUCGAGGAUCAGGUGGGGAGCUUUGUCUAAGGAUAAUGCGCAGGAGUUGGAGGGGCGGCUGACGAAUAUGGGUCCCUGGAAGAAUGGUGGGGACGCUAGCGCUAUGUUGAAGGUGACGACGGACUGUAUAAGGGAGGCAGCAAGAGAGGUGUUGGGGGUUUCAAAAGGUAAAGUGGAAGCCAAGAAAGUGGCUUACAUUAAGUUAGUAGAGAGCACCGACGAGGAUCAGAGGAGAGCGAAAAGAGAAAGAUAUAAGGAGGCCAUGAAGGAGGCGAAAUUAGCGAUCAUAGAGGCUAAGACUGCUGCUUUUGGUCGGCUUUAUGAGGAACUUGGGGGCAAAGGUUGGGACAAGAAGCUAUUUUGGUUGGCCAAAGCGAGAGAGAAGAAGGCUCACGACCUGGAUCAAGUGAGGUGCAUCAAAGACGAGGACGGUCGAGUAUGA